AUGUCAUCGUCUGGGAAUCUUCUUUAUCCGUUUCAAUCUGUUCUCGGACAUAUGGAUUAUUUUAAUAAAAUGAUGUUGGAUAGACUACGAGCUGCAGGGACUCGUUUGGCUUCUGGAGUUCAAUGCCGUCGCUGGACAUGGAUAGUUCUGUUGACCGUCCUUGUCGUUUACGUAUUCCUUGGAUCAACCUGCUUUUGGGUAUUCGAGCAUAACCAACACGAGCGAUACAUUCGUAAAUGGUUCAUGAACUUGACUGUCAAUAGACGUCAUUUUGCUCGUUCAAUAAGCUCGCACAUCUUCAAUGAUACCAAAAACUUACUUAUCAUCAUUGAUAAGGAACAAACUGAACGAGUUCAGCAAAUACUCGUAGAGUCGUUGAAACGCUAUGAAGAUCAAGUUCACAUGAAAAGCCCUGACCGUACUAAAUGGACAUUCUUGAGUUCAUUUAACUUUGCAUAUGGACUUCUCCUGACAUUAGGACAUGGUGCUAAAACUCCUAACACCAUCGGUGGACAGAUUUUCGCGUUGGCCUACUGCAUGUUCGGAAUACCGCUCUUUUAUGGAACAGCGUGCUACUGCAUAUAUGUUAUACUAUCACCUUUCUUGGAAAGUACCGUUAGAACAGUAAAACGACGAUUGUUCGUUCUGUAUAUGGUGAUACUCAUGUAUGUAUUAUGGAAUCUGCUACUGGCCUUAUUCCUUUACUAUCAGGUGUUCGAUAGCUUCUGGACAGCAGUGUUCACCUCUUUCCUUAGCGGACUGACAAUUCAGGUUCCCGAAUAUAGCCAAUUAACCCCAUGCUGUCUGUUUGUCCUCCUGAUGGCUUGUACCAUAUCCGCCUUCCUUCUCAUUAUGGCUGUCAUUUUGUUCGUCGCCAUACAAUUUCGAUCUGAACUCUGUUCACCUUCCAAGAAGGUUCCCUUAUUAGGUGAUGGGCCAAUUAAUGACCAACAACAGAAGUUUACGGUCAUUGUGGAUGAAGCUGGCAGCAGCAAAUUAGCUGAGGAGUAG